CUCCAGUCGAGAUAAUAUUAUUCACUUGUUUUCGCUUUCCUUUUCAACAUGCAACUGUCUUCACUUCUGUCCUCUCCCAGUUCACCAACUAUGUUUUUCUCUAUUAUCUUCUUCAUCUGAGAGCCCGUGGGUUUUUUUUGUCUUUCUACCAGGAAGACGCCAUUGUUAAACACUUAUAAAUUCCAUGGUGGUUGCUUUCUACAAGGCUUCGACUCGGAAGAUUGUAGAGAGAUAAAGAGCCAGCAGAAAUCGGAAGCUUGCCUGGUACGGUGAAUCAAGUAACGUGAACUACAUUGUGCAACAGGUUCUAACAAGCAAUUUGAUGGAAUCCUUCAAAGAGAUUGGAAGGGAUAUAACUAGUUUUCUAAAUGCCUCCAUAACCGAGAAGAUGGAGAGGGUUAGGGAAAUCCUGAGGAAGUUUGGAAUGCUAAAUGACACAUUCCCUUACCAACCUGAGCUCUCACGACAUGCUGUAGUGGUUGCCCCACUGAGUUGCGUGUUCUUUCUCUUCUUCGACAUUAUGCAUACUCUUAAGGAUGACAACAGCAUUGUUUGGUGGUCUGUGCAUGUCGGUUUGCUUGGAUUCUUCUAUUUCUUUUUACAGCCAUUGAUAGGGGAACCGAGCUAUUCCAAUCUCUCAAAGUGGUAUGUAUCCUGGCUCUUCGUUGCACUUGUGUAUCAUCUUCCAAGUUCUCAGUCAGUGGCAAUAUUAAUAAGAAUGAAUUUGUCUUUAUUUUUGACAAUAUUCAUCUUUUCUAUUGUUUGCCUUCUCGUCUUCCACUAUAUCUUUAUUCUGGUCGAGUACAAUUUUUCAUAUCAAAAUCGAAAGUGGCCAGACACAUGGACCAUUCUCCAAUUUUCUGCUGUUGUCAGUAUAGCCUGCUGUGUAUUUCUGAGUCAUUGUAGAGAGGAGCCGCUUGAACAAAGAAAUUUGAAAGACAAAGUGUGUUCUUCACUUUUUUGCAUGCGGAAUGAAAAUUGCGGGACAAUAUUCGAUCUUUAUGCCAAGGUAUGCCUGCAACCUAUUUUAAGCAGUGUGGAUUUAUCCAACAAAAAUUUUCAAUCCAAUGUUCCAUACUUUAAUUUUUUUUAUUUUUUUCCCUUUCAAACUUUGAUUAUUUUAUAUAAAAAGAUCUGUAGCAAACUAUGGUUGCUAGAGGAUAAAAAGGGAACACUUGAGUGAAACAGGAUUUUUAUUAGUUUUAUCCUACCAAGAAAUAGUAUAUUAUAUUAUAUAUAAAGAAUGACGCUGUACCAAAAUAAG